UCUGGUCAUGUGACUGGUAGAGCAGAGUAAGAGGAUCAGUGUUUCCUGUUUUUACUCUUACAGACAGAGGGAGAGCGGAGGAGUGUGAGCAGACGACUGACUGACUGACAGAUGAGGCUGGAUGUGUGUGUGCUGUUUCUGCUGCUGAUCGGCUGCGUGUGUCUGCAGAGAGUCGACUGCAGACUGCCAGACUUCACACCUGCCACACCUCAGCUGCAGGUAGGACAGGUUGAAGUCUUGAUGAAGUCAGACUCAUCUGUGAGGACAGAGCGGUUUGGACGACUUCCUGGACUCUGUCGGCGUCUGAAGAGGCGCAGAGUCACCGUGCUGUGUAACCAGGAGAAGUUUUGUUGGAGGGGGCGUGGCCAUGAACGGAGCAGUGGGAGGAGUCUGAAGGCUCGGGCAGGUCAGGUGUGUGUGUGUCCGCGGGGCUCCAGGUGUUCACGUUUCUUCGUCCACAGUUUGUGAAACUCUCACAGACACACCCCGAUGACAGAACAGUCAGUGACGGCGUUCGUCCUCAGGGUGGCGCUGUAGCUCACUCUGUAUUUUUGUUUGUCUAAAUAAAUAAAUGUUCUUCUUGUUCCUCAUCAA